GUAUUGAGGGGCGGGGCGGAGGUGGACAUCCGGAUCCGGAGCGGCUGAAAGGCGGAAGUGGAGGCCGGAGCCUGGGACACCGCCGGGGGGGAGAGAAGCGGAUCCCGUCCGAGCCCCGGCCCCAAGUAACGCCGCCGCCCCGGAGCCGCCUUGGAGGUCCCCCUCCCCACUAAGUGCCUCUUUGCAUAGCACCGGUCCCCACCCGCACGCUCUCUGGACCACUACAGCUGGACGGGCAAUGGCGGGUCGGGGAGGCGCAGCACGACCCAAUGGACCAGCUGCUGGGAACAAGAUCUGUCAAUUUAAGCUGGUUCUGCUGGGGGAGUCUGCGGUAGGCAAAUCCAGCCUCGUCCUCCGCUUUGUCAAGGGACAGUUUCACGAGUACCAGGAGAGCACAAUUGGAGCGGCCUUCCUCACACAGACUGUUUGCCUGGAUGACACAACAGUCAAGUUUGAGAUCUGGGACACAGCUGGACAGGAGCGGUAUCACAGCCUGGCCCCCAUGUACUAUCGGGGGGCCCAGGCUGCCAUCGUGGUCUAUGACAUCACCAACACAGAUACAUUUGCACGGGCCAAGAACUGGGUGAAGGAGCUACAGAGGCAGGCCAGCCCCAACAUCGUCAUUGCACUCGCGGGUAACAAGGCAGACCUGGCCAGCAAGAGAGCCGUGGAAUUCCAGGAAGCACAAGCCUAUGCAGACGACAACAGUUUGCUGUUCAUGGAGACAUCAGCAAAGACUGCAAUGAACGUGAACGAAAUCUUCAUGGCAAUAGGUCAGUUGCUUCUCCUCCCCUCCUGUCUCCACCACAGCAAGGGCAUAUCACCUGUCUGCUGGUCUAGAGUGGGCCUGCGGGGUCCCUUCACCACUCUUUUUUUUUUUUUUUUGAGAUGGAGUCUCGCUCUAUCCCCCAGGCUGGAGUUCAGUGGCGCGAUCUCGACUCACUGCAAGCUCCGCCCCCCAGGUUCACGCCAUUCUCCUGCCUCAGCCUCUCGAGCAGCUGGGACUACUGGCGCCCACCACCACUCCCAGCUAAUUUUUUGUAUUUUUGGUAGAGACGGGGUUUCACGGUGUUAGCCAGGAUGGUCUCGAUCUCCUGACCUCGUGAUCCACCCGCCUCGGCCUCCCAAAGUGCUGGGAUUACGAGCGUAAGCCACUGCGCCCAGCCCCCUUCACCACUUUUAACCUUCUGAUAAAAUUGUUUUCAUCAUCACCUGACUCCCAGAUGUAGAUGUUGGUUGUUCACCUGAGAAGUUACUGAAGCCUGGGCCAGAGUCUCAACAUUUCACUCUCUGAGCCUGUAGCCUGCCACCCAUUUCAGAGCCUGCCAUCACUACCCCUACCCACUGCCUAGGAGUUUUCAGCUCAUUUGGCUCUGGAAUCUUCCUUCCUGGGUUGCAGAUCCUGGCUCUACCACUCAUUAGCUCUGUAGUCUUGGGCAAGUUAUUUAACCUUUCUUUGCCGCAGUUUCCUGAAAACAAUCAGAAUGCACCUGACACACAGAAGCCCUCAAUAUGUGAGUUACCACUGAUUGGGUAUAAAGGCCAGAAUCUGCUCCAGUGGAACUGGGAGAGUUAUUGGGGUACCCCCAACAAAUGCACUUUUCCCCCUCCCAAACAGCUAAGAAGCUUCCCAAGAACGAGCCCCAGAAUGCAACUGGUGCACCAGGCCGAAACCGAGGUGUGGACCUCCAGGAGAACAACCCAGCCAGCCGGAGCCAGUGCUGCAGCAACUGAGCCCCCCUUGCCUGCCCGCUGCCCCCGCCUCCUCCGCCUGAAUGACCCGACUGGAAUCCACUCUAACCAAUCGCACUUAACGACUCGGGCCACCACUGGGGGGACAGGGGGAGGGGUCCACCAUGAUUUCUCCAUAUAAUUUUGAUCAUAGGCCGGAGUGAGUCAUUCCACCUGCACCUUUCUGUACAAAUACUAAUUCAAUUUUAAGUCUUAAGUCACUUUUUUAAUAUAUAUGAUCUUCUGCUCUUCCCACUUCCUCCCCUUUCUACUGCUCUCCCAUUUUCCCUUGCUGGGAGUAGCCACAUGCUCUUGUCCCCCCACCCUUGUAUAUGGGGACAGUGGGGUCAGUGCAGCUACCCUUUCUUUCCCUCCUGCGGAACAGCAGACCCAGCAAGAGCAUCCACAUCCUCACUUUGUUCGGAGUGGUCUUGGGUUUGGGCGGUGGGGCAGACCUUGGGAAGGGGCUUAGGAAGGGAGAGGCAGCUCUUCCUUCAGCUGGCUCUCAUCAGGCUGCAGCCCCCUCCCCGCCCCCACCUCCCUGCUGGGAAACCACAGCAUUAUCACAGCAUUAUUGUGACAGCCACGAACCCAUUGCCCACAACCCCUCCACCCUCGGUCACCCCGACCUCUGGCUCUGAGCCCUGUUCUGACCAAAUCAUGAUGAUGAGUAUUUGGGGGUGGGUGGGUAAGGGGGGGAGUGGGAGGGGACGGAACCAACUUUUUCUGUAUUUUGUAUUGUAUGUUUUCUUCAACAUGUAACCAAUCAGUAUCUUGUCAAUAUAGUCAGCCGAUCGAUCGACCUCA